AUGAAGUUGCAGUGCAUCGGCGAUUUGCAUUUGUUUAGAUCCUUGUUGGUGUGCUUGCUGGCCAUUGGCUGCCUGGCUGACGUUUCGCUGGCGAAACAUCAUAAGCACAAGCGCCACUACGACGCAUCUGAGGAGGAUCAUCAUUAUCUGCCGCCGGUUGAGCGCGAUCCGGAGCCACAUUAUCACAGGCACAAGCACACCAGGGAACGCGUUGUGGAUCAUGAACCCAAGCGUGUGGAUCAUUAUCAUCACUAUGACAAGAAACCGGAGGUGCAGAAUCGACACAUUCAUUACCAGGAUGUCAAUUCACAACUCCGCACCUCGACUAUCCUUCCAGCAGCAUCCGGCAUCAUUACGCGACGUGCGCGUCCCAAUCGUGUGACCUACGCGAGUGCUCCAAACUCCGUGUUCCAUACGCAGAUCAAUGUGCAGUCCCAGGACUCUGAGCUAAACUCCCAGAUACGCCCAGAUCCAGUUGUUGGCAUUGCUCCAGCUGGAGUGCAAGUGCCCGUAGGCACAUUACUUCCUGGAAGUCAGUUACCGAUUGGAUUGCCCGCAGGAGCUCAAUUACCUACCGGUGGUCAGUUGCCUACAGGAACUCAACUGCCUGCUGGCGGUCAGUUGCCUACAGGAGCUCUGCCACCUGGUGGUCAAUUGCCCACAGGAGCUCAAUUGCCGACUGGUGCGCAGUUGCCAGCGAAUACUUUACCCAAUUGCCAGAAUCCAGUUGCCGGCAAUCCGCCCACUGGUUGUCGUGUAGUCGAUCCUCCUGGGGGUCAGUUACCCACAGGAGCUUUGCCACCUGGCGGUCAAUUGCCAACAGGAGCCGAUCCACCUGGUGGACAGUUGCCAGCAAAUGGUUCACCACCAGGAUUCCCACCAGGCGGCCAGUUACCAGCUAACGGACUGCCAAAUGGAGGACAAUUGCCAGCUAAUGCACUACCUAAUGGACAGCCAAAUGGUGGACAGUUACCUGCAAAUGCAUUCCCAUCAGGAAGUCAGUUACCAACCAAUGCAUUCCCAGCUGGAGGACAAUUGCCAGCCAAUGCACAGCCUGCUGGCUUUCCGGCUGGAGGUCAAUUGCCAGCCAAUGCAUUUCCAGCAGGAGGGCAGUUGCCAACUAAUGCGCAGUUAAAUGGUGGAAACGGAAACGGUUUUCCAGCUGGCGGCCAACUGCCAACGAAUGCUUUUCCAGGUGGUAGGCCAUUGGGCAAUGGUAAUCAACUUGGCGUGGGUUUCACUGUUGGCAAUGGCAAUGGCAAUCUCAAUGGCGGUGCUCAGCUUGGACUCCCCCAAGGAUUUAGUAAUCAAAAUCUAUUUAUUCCUGCAGUUAACACGCAGCUGCAACUUGGACAAGUGCCAUUGAUUGCUGCUCCUCAGCCAGCCGUUGCGCCACGUCCCAGCUCGGUGUUGAUUCAAUUUGAUCCAGCUGUUGGCGGCCAAUUACCUGCUCAGGCAAAUGUUGGCGUCAAUCCCAAUCAGUUGAUACCACUUAUUGGUACUCAAAUUGGGAAUGGGCAACAGCCAAUUGCCCAGCUAACCACAGCGCCUCUACAAAAUCAAUUGAAUCCCAUUUUUGGUGUGCAAUUGGGAACUGGACAACAACCCAUUGGCGGUAAUCCGAAUGGGUUUAAUCCAGUGUUUGGUGGUCAGUUGCCGACAGGAGCUCAAGCACCUACGAAUGCUGAUCCUAAUAACGUUUUAGGUGGUCAGUUGCCUGCAGGAGCGCAAGCUCCCACGAAUGGAAACCCAAAUCCUGUUUUUGGAGGACAGUUACCCACUGGAGCUCAAGCACCAACGAAUGGUCCGGUUUUUGGAGGGCAGUUACCAACUGGAGCUCAAGCACCAACAAAUGGUAACCCAAAUCCAAUCUUGGGUGGACAGUUACCAACCGGUGCUCAAGCACCAACAAAUGGCAAUCCUAAUCCAGUUUUUGGAGGACAGUUACCAACCGGAGCUCAAGCUCCAACAAAUGGCAAUCCAAAUCCUGUCUUUGGCGGCCAAUUGCCAACAGGAGCUCAAGCACCCGCUAAUGCUGAUCCAAAUAACGCCUUUGGUGGUCAAUUACCUACAGCAGCUUUUGUGCUAAACACAGGCAAUCCAAAUGGUGCUCAAUUGGCAACCACAGCUCAACUGACAGGCAAUACCAAUCUGCUUGUUGCAAAUGGCCAACGUUUGACUAGGCGUCGACGCGUUGGACGUCAACGCGUGCGAUCCAACUACCAAGGCCUCAAUGUGGUUAAUGGCAAUGUGUUCGGUCAGCCCGAUAUACAAGGACCGACCAACGCUGUGGGCAAUCAACAGGAUACAAACAUUAUCGAUGGCAACUUCUAUAGUUAUCCAAUUGCUUAUCAACGUAGACUUCGAUUGAAUGGCAAUAGUCGUGUUUUACUAACCGAUGGCGAUUAUGUGGAUGACUAUGAUACAACACCUGACGUUGGCUUAGCAGCCAGCACUCCCGAGUUGUCAUAUGCAGCUCCAGACAGCAAAGCAGCUCCCAACAAGACAGAUCACGAAACAGCUGCCUCCAAUCAUGCCACAGAAUAUCGUGACGAUGGUUAUCACUACAAGAAUCCAAGACGCACUACAUAAAUCAAUGUUGAACAUUCAUUUUUAUGUUAAUUAAUAAGUAAGAGCAAAUGCUAAAAGAGCAGACAGAAAAGUAAA